UAUUAUAAAAAUAUAUUAUCUCCAAACUAUUAAAUCGCCUACCGCAACGAAAAAGGUCGUAUCUCGAUUUUUGUCAUUUUUGAGUUACGACCAUAUUCGUAUAGGAAAUAAUUUUCUCUAUCGCCCACGAAAACGGUCGUAUCUGUAGCUAUCCAAGGAGGUUAGAUAUUACUUAAAUUAAAUUUAAUUGAUUUUUGUAUUUCCCGCGAAAACAAACGUAUGUUUAUAUACGACGCUUUGAUUACAAAUAUUUCCCGCGAAAACAGACGUAUGUUCAGAUAAGACGCUUUGAUAACAAGACGUAUAGUGUUAGUAAUCAAAAUAUAAUUUUAUUCAAUUAUCAAUUUAAUAUUUUAAUAAUAUUAUAAUGUAAAAUAAUAUAGUUAAUUAAUUGUUUAACUCCUUUCGGCUUUCUAUUGUACAAUAUUAUAUUAUUAUAAUUGAAGUAGUUAUCGCAAUAUUAUCGUCAUUAUAAUUAUUCUAUUUUCUAUUUCGAAAGAUGACACACGAAUACAAAUUGUCUACAGAAAUGAAAGGUGAAAAUAAUAAUAAUAUUGGUUUAAUUGAUUCCGACUGCGACAGUGUAUUAGAUACAUAUUAUUAUGGAUGUCUAAGUAGUGAUGAUGAUGUUAUUCAACCAAUUCCUGUUAAUAAUGAUGUAUCAGCAGCAAUUAUCAAUCAUCAGGAUUUGUGGUGUAUUGAUGAUAGUAAUAGUGAACACUAUGAUAGUGAUAAUGACCCAGAGUACACACCACAGUUGGACAAUUUCAAUUUAGUUGAUGAAGCUCUUGUUAAUGAUGACGUGCCUGUCGCUGAUAAUAAUUAUGAUGCUCUAAAUGAUGUAAAUAGUCUUAUUAGUAUUUAUGGUUGCUAUCUAGGGUUGUAUCUAGGGUUCAAUUUUUAUAGCUAAGGAUUGAAAAUUUAAAACAAGGUUCCAUAAAUACUAAAUAGGUUAUAAUAAUAUAU